AUGCCGAAAAGACUACGAAAAACUGUACUCAACAGUGAAACGCGGGAGUUUGUUGUGCGUUUGCGGGAUUACUUUGCUCGUGAACAACAAAAUGGCGGCCCUUUGUUGCCACUUGACAACGUACGCGACCGUGUUGCUGAUGCUCUAGGGAUUGGCAAGGCUACCGUUUCCCGAAUCACAAAGGAAAAGUUCGGCGAAUCAUCGAUGGAGGAGAACAAACUCUCAACUCCAAAGAAGAAAAAAUGUAAUAGGGUACAUCCCGUCACCAGUCCAGAUGACUUCGACAUGGCUGCGAUACGUAACCAUAUUUACGUCUACUACUUCCGAGGUGAACUGCCGACUUGUAAAAUGUUAUUGACGUCGCUGAAAUCAGCCAGUUUAGUG